AUGUCCAGCGCAGGUCUCGCAGUCACCGAGGCGUCGUACUACGGUUCGCUCAAGGGCGUAUACUUUUAUAUCCAUCCUGGGUGCGAGCCACUCAGUGAUAUAGGAACGGCGCACAUCUAUGCUCGAGGCGGCAGGUUCCUCUCCAGCUUACACGUCGCCCUGCCAGUUGCCGAAGUCCACGUUUCUUGCGUCAUGAUCGUCUCUCCCCACUGUCAACACCUCGAACCUUUCCCCGUUGGUCAGACCACUCAGCAGGUCAAAGCGUACGCCCUCGCUCCGUCCAGCCUCGCCAAUUACAUGGACAUCAUGGACCUGGAAACCCUUAUCUGCCUGGACCUGGGGCACGCCCCUCCUAGCGGCGUUCCAUACGGCGACGAACAGAUGAUGGAGGCGCGACUGGAGGAUAGGGAAGAGGCGGAUACUCAGAUGGUCCGCCACCGUAUGCUUGCGGGCUCGAGGUAUUUGGCGGAGAAGCAAUGGGUGUCUCUGGAGCUGGGCGGGAGUUUGAGGUCAGAAGAUCAGGACAUGCUCGAGAUUGAUGAUGAGGGGUUCCCGGUCAUCAGCUUUCCGUCGCCAUCCAUGCCGCAGGACGAUAUCGAGAUGGAUGACGGCGGAGGAGACGACUGGGUCAUGUACGACGAUCAACCGAUGGCAAUCACCCAAGAUCCUUUCGCGCCGGUCGCGAAACCUCACACGUGCUUCAUCUUCCCCCAGCUCUUCCCCCCUAUUCCCCCGGCUCAGCGGUAUCCUCUGUCUCUCUUCCGCGACGAACUCUGGGCUCCAAAGGAGAUACCCUACGCGAGAUUCAUCCAGGUCGUCCCAACGGCAGCUAUCGGUCCGCACGUACAAGCUCUCCCCGUCGACCCAGCUCGCUUCCUCGCUCCCGCCUCCGCCCCCGCUCAGCAUGACUACCGGCCUUUACGGAAGGCGGCAGCCGGUCCAUCCCCGCUCAGGGAAUCGUACACUGCAGCUCAUGUGGGUGGCGGAUCGACCUCGGUACCUGCUGCAUCGAAGUCGUCCAUCCCGGCGGCGAGUCCCCCUAUCCUCUGGCUCUCUCCCCCCUUCCCUGCACCUCAGCCCCUCCCUGUCAACUACCCCGUCCCUCCUCCUCCAGCCUCAGCCCUGCCUUCGGUCGCCACCACCUCCGUCGCCGGCCCGUCAUACUCGGUCCCGCACGCUCCUAUCGUCCCGGACGUGUCAGCUGGCAUGCGGCGGUCACUGGAAGAGGAGGCGGUAGAGAUGGCAAUGCAGGAACCAGCUGGGAAGCGGUCCAGGCCGAUCACGGACGAUGCUGGAUCACGCGGCUCAUACAUCGAGGCAGGCCAGGCUGGUCCUGGCCCCUCGACCAUCGCCGCCACCCAAGCUCGUCAAAGCUACAAGCCACGGAGGACGGCACCGGUCAAUCCAGCGAUGGCGGAGCGGCAGAAGGAAAGGGAGAGACAGCGGAGGAGACAGGAGAAUGCCGAAUUCACUCGGCAGCAUGCUAUGCCCAAUGCGAGGCAUGUGAGGCAAGAUCCGGAGUCUUGGGGGAGGGAGUAG